AAAAUUAAAAACUCGAAAGGCCGUGGCAUGACGUCACCCCGGCCCCGCCGCUACUCUGUUGUCGGACGGACCUCCGGAGAAAACAGCCGAGCCACCCCGCAAGCCACCCACGGCAAAGGGCUCGGGUCCUCCGGCCUUGCACCGACCAUGGCCUCUGACGGCACGGACGAGCGCUCGCCGCUGCUGUCCACUCCCAACUCGGAGAACGUCACCCCCAACGCGCCGCCCUACCUGCACGAUCCCAGCCCCCGAGCGGAACUGCCUCCGCCGUACACGGCGAUUGCCAGCCCGGACGCAGGCGGCGUCCCUGUCAUCAACUGCCGCGUGUGCCAGUCGCUCAUCCACCUUGACGGCAAGCUGCACCAGCAUGUGGUCAAGUGCACACUCUGCAACGAGGCCACCCCCAUCAAGAAUCCGCCCACCGGGAAGAAAUACGUCAGGUGCCCCUGCAACUGCCUGCUCAUCUGCAAAGACACUUCCAGGAGGAUAGGAUGCCCGCGACCCAACUGUAGACGCAUCAUCAACCUGAGCCCGGUGAUGGUGAUCCCUGAAGAGCAGCCGGCCCAGCCUGCCCUCCCCGUGCAGCCCGAGGGCAUGCGGGUGGUCUGCGGUCACUGCGGCAACACCUUCCUGUGGCUGGAGGUGCGCUUCAACACGCUAGCCAAAUGUCCCCACUGCAAAAAGAUCUCGUCUGUGGGCAGCGCGCUCCCUAGGCGGCGCUGUUGUGCAUACAUCACUGUCGGGAUGAUCUGCAUCUUCAUCGGCGUGGGAUUAACAGUGGGUACUCAUAACUUUGCCCGCCGCUACAACGCCACGUACGUGUCGUGGGCACUGGCCUACCUAGUGGGCGUCAUCUGUUUGGUGCGGGCGUGCUAUUGGGGCGUUAUCAAGGUCAGCUACCCGGAGAACAGCUUUGCUUAGAUUCUAAGCCUUAGAAGGUUCCCGGGACUGCCCCUCUCGCCUUUUUUCUCCCCACAUUUGUUUUCCUCUCUGUGAACGAGCAAAUGGAGACAAAUUGCAAAGAAUAACAUUUUGCUUGCUGCACUACAGGUUUUAUUUUUAUUCAAAUGUGAAUUUGAGGUCGUUUUUCUGCCCGUUAGUGACCAGCUGAAGCAAGUUGUGCAGCUCAUCCAGUUUUCAUUCAUGUUGUUUGUGGGAUAAAAAUAAAUCAGAUGACCAUUUUCAUGCAUGGGUGGCACCUAUGCAUAGCCUUCUGCUGUCCCUCGUGGUUACCUACCAUACGUACUUUGUUAUGCAGAUGAAAAGUUCGGACACGAACGUAUACGGGCAGUUUCGCGUGUCUGCUCUGAAACUCCCACGUGUGCCAACAUUUGCACAGUAAUGCUCGAGUGUCUUUCUGUUACUUUAUUGUCGUCUGUUUGCUUUUAAUGAAGUUAUUUCUUUUUUUUUUUUUUAACCUCCCACUGUUUGCUUGUUUUCAACCGGUUUGCGUUGUGUCCAUCACAAGAAUUCGCCUGCCGCCCAUGAACAGUUUUUUCAAGAAUGUAGAAGCCUAAAGUAGCGCUCAGCAUCCUGUGGCACAUCCUGCCCACGAGGUGGCAUUUCUUUUGAAUGUGACCUGAUGAGCGAAACAACAUGAAUGGAUGUACAUAUUGUGGAAGGCUAAGUUUGGUUCUUUUAAUAAGUGAUUAUUUAUCAAUAAAAAGAUGAACAAAUGUG